GCCGACAACAUGGCGGCGGUGUUGCAGCAAGUGCUGGAGAAGGCCGAAUUGGCCAAGAUGCCAAAGGCCGUGCAGGCUAAGCUAGAGCGCUUCCUGGCCGACCAGCAGACAGAGAUAGACGCCAUGAAGUCGCGCCACGAGAAGUUUCGUGUGGACUGCGAUCAACAAUACUUUGAAGUAGAGAAGAGGCUGGCUCACACUCAGGAACGUCUUGUGUCUGAAUCACAGGAGUGUCAGAACCUCCGAGAGCAAAUUAAGAAACAAAAUGAAGAACAGAAAGCACUAAAUGAAAAACUGAAAGACAUUGAGAAAUCCAAUGAUCAGCUUGUGGCCUUACAGAACCAGCUGACUAGAACUAAAGAUUCCCUUGAAGCUGAAAAACGAGAUCUGGUUCGAGUGAAUGAAAGACGUGCACAGGAGUUGGAGCAUCUAAAUGAUGAUAUCAAGCGUCUUAGUGAUAAACUCAAAGAAGCAAACGUUUCUAAAGUAGAACUGCAGUUAAAGCUGGAUGAGAUUCAGUCUUCUGAAUUCUCUAUAAAGCAUCGUGAGAAACGCCUGGAACAAGAGAAGGAGCUGCUACAAAGUCAGACGACCUGGCUAAAUAAAGAGCUGAAGUCUAAAACUGAUGAGCUUCUAUCUAUUCAGAGAGAGAAGGGAAAUGAUAUUCUGGAGCUUAAAAGUGCCUUGGAAAACAAAAAAGAUGAAGUGUCUAGGUUAGAAGAUCAGGUAAAGAGCCUUAAAUCCUGCAAUGAGAACCUGCAAAGGCAAGCAGAAGACCUAAUGAAUAAACUAAAGGAGGCAAAAGAUCAGCAAACCAGUAUGGAAGAGAAAUUCCACAAUGAGCUAAAUGCAAACGUCAAGCUGUCUAACCUUUACAAGUGUGCUGCUGAAGAUUCAGAAGCAAAGAGUGCAGAGUUAACACGAGCAAUGGAGGAACUCCAGAAACUUCUCAAAGAAUGCGGUGAAGCAAAUACGCUAAUGCAGCAGCAGUUGUCUGAAGCCGAAGCAUCAAAAUGUCAGGUGGAAAAAGAUCUUGGGGAGAAAAUCGGCAAAAUGGAAAGAGAACUUGAAAACGCAAAUGAUUUGCUUUCUGCUACCAAACGGAAAGGGACCUUACUGUCUGAGGCUGAGCUUACUGCCAUGUCACCCACCGCUGCUGCUGUUGCCAAAGUUGUAAAACCCGGGAUGAAACUAACCGAGCUCUACAAUGCUUAUGUGGAAUCGCAGGAUCAGCUGCUUUUGGAGAAAUUAGAAAAUAAAAGGAUUAACAAGUAUUUGGAUGAAAUUGUAAAAGAAGUGGAGGCUAAAGCUCCGAUAUUGAAACGACAGCGAGAGGAGUAUGAGCGCAUGCAAAAAUCCGUAGCAAGCUUAUCUGCUAAACUUGAGCAGGCAAUGAAGGAAAUGCAACGUCUACAAGAUCAAUCCGAUAAAGCAAAUAAGCAAUCCACAUUACUUGAAAGAGAAAACCAAAGGCUAGAGCUGCAAGUAAAAGACCUUUCACAACAGAUAAGAGUUCUUUUAAUUGAAGUGGAAGAAGCCAGAGGAAACUACGUUGAGCGUGAUGAUAAUGUAAGCUCUGAUAACAUAAGCAGUUCUUCGGAGGUGAUAUCACGACAUCUCGUCACUUACAGAAGUGUAGAGGAACUGCAGAAGCAGAAUCUGCACCUGUUGGUGGCUCUGCAAGAGCUGGCAGAGUCAAAGGAGAAAGAAGAGCAAGAGACUUCGUCGUCAAGAAUUUCUGAGCUGGAAAGGGAGUUGGAAAUUGCACUUUCUGAACUUCAGCAGCUGCGUGAAACUAGAACUCAUCAAAUGCAAAUGGUAGAUUCAAUUGUGCGUCAGCGUGACUUGUAUCGUGUACUGUUGGCCCAGACAACAGGGGUCUCUAUGCCAGCGCAAGAUGACACAUCACUGAUAACUCCACGAAAACCUUCUGGGCCGUCUUCUACUAGCUCGACCCCAGCUCCAGCUGUAUCUACAUCAGACUCCACAGAAGCUGCGGAGGCCAAAGCUGCGCUGAAACAGCUUAAGGAAGUUUUUGAAAAUUACAGAAAAGAAAAGAAAGAAAAUGAUCGAAUUCUGAAUGAGCAACACGAGAAGCUGCAAGAUCAAGUUACUGAUCUGCGCUCCCAAAAUACCAAAAUUUCAACCCAGCUUGAGUUUGCAUCCAAACGUUAUGAAAUGCUCCAGGACAAUGUGGAAAGCUAUCGCCGUGAAAUAACAUCCCUGCAGGAAAAGACACAAAAACUUUCUGCGACCACACAAAAGCAGGAACAGAUUAUUCACACCAUGACCCAAGAUCUGCGGGCAGCCAAUGAAAAACUUGCUAUAGCUGAAGUAAGAGCCGAGAACUUAAAGCGAGAGAAGGAACUCAUCAAAAUGUCUGAGGUCAGACUAAGCCAAGAGCGAGAGUCUUUGAUUACUGAGCAAAAAGGACAAAACCUACUUCUAACUAACUUGCAGACUAUCCAGCUCACCCUGGAAAGAUCAGAGACUGAGAUGAAGCAUAGAUACAACAACCAAAUUGAGAAGUUGGAGCGAGAACUGGCCCAGACAAAGAAGAAACUAGAGCAUGAAAUUGAACAGAAGCACUUACAGAGCAAGAACCAGGAUGGCCAAGUGUUGGACCUCAAGAAACAAUAUGAAUCAGAGGUCAGCCUUCAUUCCAGCACAAAGGAGCUGCUAAAGAACUCCAACAAGGAGAUUUCUGUGCUAAAGCAGCAGCUGAACAAUUUUGAAGCACAACUUGCAUCACGUUCUAGUCCGCAGACCGCAAGUAAAGGAAAGGAUGAGAAUGCUGAUGAAGUCGAGGAGCUAAAGACAAAACUAAGACAAUCCGAAGAGCAAGUUAAUGAUCUUAAAGAGAGACUGAAAACUGCGACCAGCAACGUAGAACAAUACAGAUCGGUUGUGCUGGGCUUGGAGGAUUCGCUUAAUAAAGAAAAACAGGCCACUGAAGAAGCCAGAAAAGCCAUAGAAACUCGUAUGAAAGAAGCUGGAGAGUACCAGUCACAACUGGAAAAGAAAAUGUUGGAAGCUGAGAAGGAGAAGCAAGAACUUGGAGAUGAGAAACAUAAAGCUGUGGAAGCGAUAGAGGAGCAGUUAACGCAACUCAAGAAGAGUCUCUCCAGCCUCCAAGGAGAAAUGCAGCAAGCUCUUCAGAGGGCGACUGCAGCCGCAAACAAUGAGCAAAAGGCCAGGAAUGACUGCCAGGAACAAGCCAGGAUAGCUUCUGAGGCACAAAAUAAGUAUGAGCGCGAGCUAAUGCUGCACGCUGCAGACGUUGAAGCUCUUCAGGCAGCUAAAGCUCAACUAGCCAAUAUCUCCACCAUGCGGCAAAAGUUAGAGGAUGCGGCACAGAAAGCAGAAUCCCAACUCCUGGAGUGCAGAGCAUCCUGGGAGGAACAAGAACGUGUCCUCAAGCAAGAAGCGGCUAAGAACCAUGCUCGCUGUGAAGAAUUUGAGAAGCAAAACCACCUGUUACAUGAUCAGAUCGAGAACCUUAGUAAAAAGAUGGUGACCUCUGUUCAAGAAGGUGCCUUGAACAUAUCCUUCAGCGAGGAAGGGAAGUCCCAUGAACAAGUCAUGGAAAUCCUUAGGUUUGUGCGCCGUGAGAAGGAGAUAGCAGAAACAAGGUUUGAAGUUGCACAAGUGGAAUGCCUGCGCUACAAACAGCGUUUCGAGCACAUGGAGAGGGAAAUACAUGAGUUGCAAGACUGCCUGAAUGCUGAACGUGAAAAAGUUCAGGUAACUGCAAAAACGAUGGCCCAGCACGAGGAGCUGAUGAAGAAGACUGAAACCAUGAAUGUAUUGAUGGAGAGCAACAGGCUGCUGAGAGAAGACAAAGAAAAGCUGGAACAGGAGCUUCAGCAGUUACAAGCCAAGAUCAGAAAAUUGGAGUCUAAUAUUUUGCCGCUUCAAGAAUCCAAUGCGGAGCUGAGCGAGAAAAGCGGGAUGCUGCAGGCAGAAAAGAAACUUCUAGAAGAUGAUGUGAGACGCUGGAGAGCUCGCACACAGGCACUUAUGAAUCAGCACAAAGACACAGACAUGGAAGAAUAUAAGAAACUCCUUUCCGAACGAGACAAAUAA